AUGGCGGAGGAGCGUAGAUGUCGCGCAAUCAGAACUUUUGGGUUUUCGCGGCGUUUUGACGCGAUCUGGGCGGUCGUGGUUGAAUCGCGACGGACUCGUGGGGGUGGCUGUCUGAAUGGGAGCGGAGAACACAGUCAGAGGGAGGAUGGCGGCAGUUACCUCGCCGGUCGUGUGCGGACGCGAUGUUUGGGUUUUGCAGGAGUGAAGGCAGAAGAUGGUAGCGGUUUGCGAUCUGGUCGUGAAGUUGAUCCGGUACGUUGCGGACUCGGCUUGCGCGGUUUGUUGGUUGUUCUUCUUCUUUUCCUGUACAAAAAAACAAAGAUGGCAACAUACAAAACAACUAUGAUAAACGAUAAUGAGGGUGUGUUCUUGUUGGUUUUUCGUUAUGAUUCCGCGAUGUUUUUUUCUUUGUGUUUUGUAGAUGUCGUUACUUUACUAAACUUGAAACCUGUUAUCAAAAUGCCACAAAAACAGAGUGAUAAAAACAAGAUUAAUGUGAAAUUGUGA